AUGCGCUCGCUAUUGUUGGUCGUGCUUUCGACGCUGGCCGUGCUCCUAGCAGCCACCGAAGCUGUCUCGCCCAACGCUCCCAACCUCGAAGCCGUGACGAAGAAUCGGAAGUACACCCUGACGUCUAAAAUUCAACCAUCGCCGGCUGAAUACUCCGUCAAUGAAAAGAGAAACUUGCGGACUGACAGCGGAAACAUGGGCAUGGAAGCUUUCAAGACAGACGAUGAAGAGCGACUCUCUAUCUCAACUAUUGUGGAGAAAAUAAAGGCCUUUCUCUAUGGAUUGAAGAUCGGGUUUUCUCCUAAAACAGAGUCCAAGCUGGUGCUGCGCUUCGAGGAAAAGUUUUUUACCAAGAUUUACAAUGCCAAAGAGACGCCUGAAAGCCUAAGAGCCAAGUAUAUGGGUAGGAGAGGCAAUGCCUUUUUCGAGAGAUUCAAUGCCUGGUACAAGAAAAAGGUUGCUGCAAACGAAUUGGCGCCCAAUUGA